AUAAUAAUAUUAUACUAUAUUAUUUACUAUUAUUAUAUUACCAAUAAUAUUAAUAUGUAAAAAAAGAUAACAUCAAAGUUAUUACAAAAAGUUAACAAGUGAUAAGAUCUUUUGAUAUGGUCUACUAUCUAUUGUGUCCAAAAAAUAAUAAUAUAUAAAUGAUAGGACGCUGGUCGCUGGCUAGUGGCUAAUUCAAAUUUCAAAUUGAAGUCUAUAGUAUGCAGUAUGCUUAACGCUGAUUAAUUUUUAAGUUACAUAAUAUAAAUUGAAUAAUUACUCUGUACAUUUUUUUUGUUUUCAUUGAUUUAUUUCAAUAAGUCAUUUGGAUUUUUUAAUACCUGAAUUAUUUAGCUCUGUUUUUAAAAGAGUAUCAUUAUGGAAGUAAAGUUAAAAUCAGUCAAUGUGGAAAAGUUAAAUUCAGGAAUGCUGUCAAUUAUAAAUAAUUUUAAAGCUUGUAGUGAAAAGAUCAAAUUAUGUGAAGAUAAUCGUUUGCUGUACAAUGAAAUUAAUUAUUUAAUAAAAUUACUACCAAAUCAAGGAGAAUAUUUUGAUUAUUUUACUGAAAUAUUAAAAAUCUAUGAAGAAAAUAAUAAUGAACAAUCAUAUUAUCAAAAGAAGAUGGGGAUUUCUGUUAAUUCCAUACCAACAAUUGUAAAUUUAGAUAUUUCUGCAAAAAUUCUUCAGCAAACUGGAAUUGAUGACUACAAUUCAAACAGUCUGUUUAUGAAAUAUAUGUCAAUGAUUGAAAAAUGCAACAGACAAAAACUAAGUAUUGAUGUUUUAGAUGAAAAUAUAAAAAAACUAAGAACAGCAAUUGAACAGCAAAAUGACUUAAAAUGUGAAUUGUCCAAUAUAAAUUAUGUUCCUGUUGGUUUUACAGCAGAAACGAUUAAAAUUAAACCAAUAAACAGUCUCCAAGAUAUUCAAAACUGUGACAAUAUAAUUCAGUUAGUAAAAAAAAUUUCGGAGAUGGAAAAUAAUCAAGUUGAAAUUAGCAAGAAAGUAUUAGAGUUAUCAGCUGAACAAAAAAAACAGUACCGUGGACUACCUCCAAAUAUGGAACAAGCAAUGAAAGCUGUUCAAUAUGCAGAGAAAACCAUGAAAACUUUAUCAAAAAAACUAGUUGAAAAACUUGAAAAUAAUUAAAUUAUUGCAUAUAUCUACUUAUUUUUUUAAUAUAAUAUGUAGAACUAAAACUAUUUAUGUAUACAUUUGUACUUUAAAUAUUAAUUAUUAUAAUUUUUUUUUAUAUAUUAAUUCAAUCUAAUAAAAUCUUGGAUUUUAUUUUUUUUUUUUAUUCCGCUUAUGUAAAAUAAACAAAAGUAAUUUUUUGAG